AUGAUCGAUGCAGACGCGCAACAAGAAAACCCUCCCUACCGGAAUAACCACUCCACUCCCGCAACCCAUACACCCCCACCCGACUCCCUCAUCUCCCCCACCGCAUCCCUGGACUACUGGUCCCGCACCCCGGCCUCAAUCACCGGCAUGCUGGGCGGCUACCCGCAGAUCAGCCUGACCGACCUGCGCGGCUCGCGCAGCUUCCUGACCAAGCUGCGGCGCGGACCCAGCGGGUCCUUUACGCCGUCGUCGCACAAACGCCUCAAGCUGGGUGUCGACUGUGGUGCGGGGAUCGGGCGGGUGACGGAUGGGUUCCUGAGACACGUGGCAAGGUGGAGAGUGGGAGGGAGAGCGGGGGACCAUGGAGAUGGGGACAAAUACGACCUCAUCUGGAACCAGUGGUGCCUCGGCCACCUGACGGAUUCACAAUUGACCGCCUACCUACGUCGCUGCGUCCAUAUCCUCCAACCAGCUCCCGACCCCGAUUCAGAUUCCACCUCCAACGACAACGGCGUCGGCGAAGGAGGCGGCGGUGGUUGGAUCGUGGUCAAAGAGAACAUGUCCACCGACCCCUCCGGCGGCGAUAUCUACGACGAACUCGACAGCAGCGUCACGCGCACGGAUGACAAGUUUAGACGCCUGUUCGCCGACGCGGGGCUCGAGGUCGUGAGGUCGGAAUUGCAGACCGGCUUUCCCAAGGGCUUGGGCUUGUACCCCGUCAGGAUGUAUGGGCUUCGCCCGAAGAAGGAGAGGUGGAGGGAAAGCCAUGCUAGUUGA